AUGACGAAGAAGGACCUCCUUGACAUUCUGGAAGAUUUAGGAGACGAUGAAUUUGAAAACUUCAAGUGGCACCUGAAUGAUGAAAAGGUGGGCGACAUCCCACCCAUCAAAGAGAUCAAGCUGUCAAAGGCGAAGAUGCGGGAUGUGGUGGAUCUGAUGGUGCAGAAAUAUACAUUUCCUGGAGCUGUGGACGUGUUCAAGAGUAUUUUAAAGAAGAUCAGCAGGAAUGACCUUGUGGGGAAGUUACCGAACAUCAGCUCAGGAGCAGAAGACCAGGAAAGGGUCUUGCAGAGGAAGUUUCACACUAUCUCCCUUCCUCCUGGGGAGCUACAUCUGACCUGGAGCCGAACCAAUUUACCUCAGAACCCUAAACCCACUGAUCAGCCAUCUACUAGUCACUCACAGAGCCUCAGAAAUCCUGUUGCCUUAGAUGUUGGGUCAGACCUGGUACUGUCGAGUUUGUCCUCUGCUGCCCUGGAUGAGGCUGAGGCAGCAGUGCUGAGAGAGCUGAGUGAAGUCACUGUGCAGCUGCAGGGAGCCACAGCUGUCUCUCCAGAUCUAGACAGAGUGAAGGAAAUCCUGAUCAAAGCUAAAAACGAGGCAAACCUUCAAGAGCUCAGAGUGGACGUCAGCUUCAUUCCAGUUCCCAGACAAGCUGCAGUGACCAAAGUACUGGUGCGCUACAGUGAAAAUGUGAACAAGCUGAAAGAGGUUCUGCAAGACUACCAGAUGAACCAGAUUGAGCGCUUACAGAAUGAAGUGCAGAUUCACAUUUCUGAUAAGAUCAGACAGGCCGGAGGAGCAGGUGAAAAGCUUCUGUACCACAAGACGACCCAGGACAGCUGUGACUCCAGCAUGACAACUGGGUUCAACAGGCGCUUUGCCGGGCAAAACAGAAGGAAGAUUUCAAUUGUUGUCCUGGGGACUGAAGAUUAUUUGAAGAAAAGUCUAAUAUCUGUCAUCCUAGGGAAAGAUGUAUCUGUAUACAGAAAUACUCUGAACAAAACUGAGAUGUAUGAAAAUGAUACAUAUGAGGUCAUAUAUACCCCAAACUUGUACGAAGCAAGUGAGGAGAUAAAAAAAAUAUUUUCUUCAAAACAUCCUGACAUGUCUGUGUUAGUGUUAAAGGAUGAGAUUUCAACACAAGAGGUGCAGCAGCAGAUAGAAAAUCUGCACAAGACAAUUGAAAAACAGACAGAAGAGUUCAGAGUUGUGCUGCCAUUAAAUCAUAAAGUUAAAGAAUGUUAUCCAGACAACUGCUGGACCAUGGAGGAGUUAUUCAGCAGACUGAGAGAACUGGCUGAAGACAAACAUCUCAGGCCAACCCACAAAAGGUAA